CCUCAUCCCUCGCCCUCAUCCUCACUCUCCGCCGCAGCACGUUUGCGCCUCCACAAACAGGCCAUGUCCUUCUCUUUCGCCUUUGCGCUCGACGAGCAGGGCGAGGCGGGCCUUGCGCCCGAGGAGCCGGCCGUGCAGCCCGUGGCAGGCGCAACUGCCUGCGCCUCGCCUUCGACCUCUGGCGCGGCGGCGGGCACAGGACGUAGCUGGACGCUUGACGAGCUGAUGGACACGCUGCCAUCGCGCAUCUCCUACUCGGCCCUCUCGGUGCCCCUCGACGCCGCCGCGCCGGGCGGCUCGCCACGCGCCGUGCCCAUCUUCCGGCGCGAUCUCUUCGAUGCGCGCUUCCAAGUGCUCACCUCGUCGACAGAGCACGACGACGACGACGACGACGACGACGUGGAGGAGGGCACGCCGCGUCGGCAAGGCGCCGCCGCUGCCGCUGCCGCCGCGCAAGAGGAGCAGACGCACGUCGGCGCGGCAUCGGACCUGCUGCCCGGCGUGUAUGAGGGCGGCCUCAAGACGUGGGAGUGCUCCCUGGACCUCGUUGCGGCGCUCGACUCGCUCGAUCGCGCAAGGACAGAAGCGGCAGGCGAGGCGUGGAGCUGGCUGAGGGGAUGCAGGGUGCUUGAGCUGGGCUGUGGCACAGCUGUGCCGAGCGCCUUCUUGCUGCAGCGCCUCUUCUCGCUCAGUGAUGCGCCGCCGCAGCAGCAGCACGAGGCACGGCAAGCAGAGGCAAAGGCCACGCUGCUGCAUCUGUGCGACUUCAACGCCCAGGUCCUGCAACUCGUGACGCUCCCGAACCUGCUGCUCGCCUGGUACUUCUCGCCCGCCAGCUUGUCGUACCGGCAGACUUCGGGCUCAGCGUUCGAGUCGGCUGAUCUCGUCGCCUCGUCGGGCGACAUUGCCGUCUCUGGCGCGCUGCGCGCCGCCUUUGUCGCCUCGCUCGCGCAGCAGCACAUCGAGCUGCGUUUCGACUCGGGCGACUGGAGUGCCUUGAGGCUGGAGCAGCGCUACGACGUGGUGCUGAGCAGCGAGACGAUCUAUGCGCCCCGCUCGCUGGCGACGCUGUGCGAGACGCUGCAGCGCGCCUGUCGCGCGACGCCGGCACCGCAAGAAGCGCGGCUGUGCGAGCGCCUGCGCCACACUUCUCUCGCGACAGGCGAGGCCUUCGACUCGCCGUCGGCCUCGGCGCCGCACGCCUUGCCCGCUGCCUCGCCGACGACGUGUCUCGUCGCCGCCAAGAUUCUCUACUUUGGCGUCGGCGGCGGCGUGCGCGCCUUUGAGGCCGAGCUGCGCCGCCGCCGAGGAUGGAGCGAAGUGCUGCGCGAGACGCAGGCAGGCGUGGGCAGAGUGGUGCUGGGCGUCGGCUGGGCCUGAGCUCGUCGGAGCGGGCAAGCAGGCUGAGUGCCCCAUGUAAAAUAGAGCCCCCUUGCUUUGAACGAGGAGG